UAUGCCGCUAGCUUUCGACGAGGCUGACGGGGCGGAGGCACAGCAAUUCUCACGAUGGAGCAGUUCUCUAGAGUUCUACCGCUAGUCGUGUGGCUGUUAUUGCUUGUGGCUGUGGAAGCUGACGUCUGUCCUGGUAGCCCUGAAGCUGAAGGGAUUUCAGACGACGUAAUCCGAGCAGUUUGCUCCUACUUUGUAUACUCUCCCCAGGCGACAUCUUUUAGGAAUGAGACAAGGCACCGUCACGGCGUAUUCGACGGUGUUGACAAAAAUAACCAUGUUGCAUUGGCACAAUUUUUUCAUCCGAUUGUGACUAUGAUGAAGUGUUCGUCAUCCUGUAAAGAUGUUGCUCGGGAGAAUGUAAAGUGGUGUGUAAGGAUUGCUGAUGCAAAUAGGACCAUUGAAACAUGCAUAUCUGUUGAUGAUGAUGAGGAAUUACUUGUUGAGAGCACUUGUGAUGCUCGUAGUCUUGGUCUGGACGCUUACAUCACCCUACCAACUACUAACGAGUGUGGUUCUUGGGGUGCUGGUUGUCUUGGACUUGUUAACCUCAACUGGUUUAUGAAAGAUGCCUACUUCACAUGCAUUUCUAAGACUGACAACUGCAGUAAUGUUAACUUUACUCAAAUUGUAACAGUGCCUGGAAACAAUAAACCACCAACAAUAAGUGAAAUUACCGCCUCUCCUCUGAAGGUUAAACCUAAUGGACAGGUUAUAAUCCGUGCUGAAAUUUUAUCUGACAGUACUACUACUUCUGUUUCUUGGCGUCAUGGUAAUACCACCUAUGUUGAAUACCUUCAAGAGGAUCCUAUUUGUGAUUCGGCACGAGAAGGUGAAUGUGGUAAUCAUACCCAUCCUGAUGGUGACAAACUAAGAAGCCAACGUGUUCGUUUCUAUGUGAUGUCACGUAAACUCAACUCAGAGUGUGUUGGAUCAUCUGUUUACAGUUUGGAGACGUAUCUGAUAGUUGAUAAUGCUACGGAGGCCGAUGCUGGGGUGUAUGUGGUUAAUGUAAAGAAUAUUGUGCAGAGUGUCUCUUUGGAUGAUCAAGUCAAUGUUACUGUUGUGUGUGAUGAUGCUCCACUUUACAUUGCUAAAUGUUCAAAUUAUACCAUUGCGAUGCAAAAGGGCAGCAAUACUAAAUGGCACUGUACUUUUAUUGCUCCUGUUGGUUUGGAAAUAGCGGUGUUUCAAAACAAAAAAUCUGUGAAAGUGGAACACUCUGAUCUAGAUGGGAAAGAAAGUCUAGAUAGUUUCUGUACUUGCAAAGAGCCUACUGUCAUUUACGAUGUGGAGGAGGUUGAGGAAGUGUGCUACAGCAAGUACACUGUGAAUGUAAUUGUGUGUGCAGUCUCAGAAGAGGUGGUGGGGAACUACUCCGUGUGGGGUCAGGAGAAAGAAGUUGAACAGAGUAGUGUUUUUGUCAAGAUUCCCUCUACAGCUCUGGCCCAUUCAUCAGGUAAAACGGGGACAUACAUUUCACCUGCUGCUUAUGCUGUUCCCGUCGUGGUGCUGAUUGUUGCUCUUGGUGGCAUAUUUGUUGUCCUGGUGGUGCUCAUCAGAAUGAAGAAGAGGAGAAGACGCCAGGGGCAUCUCUCUGAAUUGCAGAGUCCUGAUCCCAUAAUGUCUCCAGAGGCAGCGUUCUACAAGAAGAGUGGACAGUUUUCCCCCAUCUCCCUGUUAUCGCCUCAGUCCACCAGUGCUGCUUUCAGUGAUCCCCUAGAGUUCCCACGCAACCAGCUCUAUGUUUACACUAAGAAGGUGCUAGGUGAGGGAUCUUUUGGCCGUGUACUGCAGGCCAAAGCAGAAGGUAUCGUUCCAGGGAUGCCAGAGAGGAAUAUUGUGGCCAUUAAAACAACUAAAGACAAUGCAACCAGUGUUGAGAUAGAGGAGCUACUGGGAGAACUGGACCUGAUGAGGAACAUGACACCUCAUGAGAACAUCCUUAACCUCCUCGGACAGUGUACUACACCAGGUAUGUAUUGACGGUCAACUGAUAUCCCUGGCAAGAUGCUGUGUGUCACCAAUAACAUCAUAGUGGGCUGUGAUUUCAAGCUUCGUUGAACCAUUAGAAACCUUUCCAGUGUGUCUGGGUCAUGAAGUCAUAGUACAUGUUGUCUGUCCAGGAGGCCCUGUGUGUCUAAUUGUGGAGUACGCAAAGUAUGGCAACCUCCGUGACUUCCUGCGGCAGUGUGAAGAAGUAGUGCUCUCACUCAACCACAAGCCGCACAUUCCAAGGCACAGAUCUCGCACGGGGACAUUUUCUUCAUCCAGUGCUGGUUCGUUUCAGCCACUGAUAACACGACAGGAUUCGUCUGUGUUCACACCUGGGAGUGUGCAGCAUCAGUUUGUGUUCCCAUUUCCCUCUCCUCCAUCUCACAAAAUGAGCACUGGCAGCUCUAGCAGCACUACAGAGAGCAAGGCUGCUGCUCAUCAUCCUAGCACAGCAGUACCUCUUGCACACUCUGUGGCUCCAAUAGGCCACGAUUACAUCAACUCAAAGGGCCUUGUUUACAUGGAGGACGUGCACAACUUUGCCCUCCAAAUUGCAUGUGGACUUCAGCACCUUGCUAGCAUGGAGAUAGUGCACUGUGACCUGGCAGCUAGAAAUGUGCUGAUAGCUGAAGGGUUUGUUUUGAAGAUUGCUGACUUUGGUCUCGCCAGAGACAUCAGUGGGAGAGAAAUGUACAAGAAGAAUCCAAGGGUAAAAUGUAUUUUAUCUAUCAAGUGUAUACUAUUAUAGUCAUUCCUUUUAUUAUAAUGCAGGGUAAAAUACCAGUUAAGUGGACUGCCCCAGAAGCACUUGAGAACAGAAUAUUUACCACCAAGAGUGACGUGUAAGUAGCCACCUAUCUCUGUAUAAUUACAAUUACAUGUGACAUUCUUACUUACUACAGGUGGUCAUUUGGUGUGGUACUUUGGGAGCUCUUUACCUAUGGUGAGUCUGCAUCUUAUUUCGUGCACAGGACAUACAGUACACGCCUAAAGAAGUUCCCCAUAGAGGACCUCUUAAUACUGCACUUCGAUGCCAUCGAAGUGUCAACUACUCCAUUAUUGAAAGCAGAAGUUUUGCUGCAUUGGUGAAUACUAAAUUAUUACGUAUCUGCAGGUCACAGCCCCUACCCUGAUCUUCACCUUGGUCAAUCUUAUGAUGCGAUCGUGACCUACCUGAAGGAAGGGAACAGAAUGGCUCAGCCAGACAGCUGCUCUGAUGAGUUGUAAGUACAAUAAAACAGUAUUGAACAAAUCCUGCAGUUACCUUUGUGUGACUGUAUCAUACCAGCUAUGAACUGAUGCUGAAGUGCUGGUUUUUGGAUCCUGAUGAGCGACCAACACCCAUUGACAUUGUAGCCACUCUAACACCACUCGAUGGACCUCUUCAUGAUGACAAUGGUUUGAAUAUGCCGGAAGAUGAAUGCAAGAGCAAACCAAUUGAAGAAAAUGCCAUACACUUAAGUUAGUCACAAUAAUGUGUUU